CCGUGCCGUGCCGUGCCGUGCCGUGCCGUGCCGUGCCGUGCCGUGCCGUGCCGUGCCGUGCCGUGCCGUGCCGUGCCGUGCCGUGCCGUGCCGUGCCAUGGCGCUGCGCCGGUAGCCGCGCCGCAGGACGGGGGUGGAUGCUUGAGAGUGGAGGAUAAGGUACAAGUAUCUGGGACCUGUGGAAUGGAGCCCUGAUGUAGAUGGAAAGAUGGAUGCAGAAGAAGCUCUAAACUCUAUUAUGAAGGAUUUGGCAGCGUUGGGCAAAUGCGGGGGGCUACUGGACAACAACAGGAAUAAAAAUAGUGUCCACUCCAGCAAACAGCAGCGAAAUGUCAGGAUCAAGUUUGAAUAUGAGGGAGAGAAAAGGAUUAUCCAGUUUCCAAGACCAGUCAAAUUCAAAGACGUGGUGCAGAAAGUCACGGAUGCUUUUGGACAGACGAUGGACUUGGUCUGCAUGAAUAAUGAGCUCCUGAUCCCACUGAAAUCCCAGGAAGAUUUGGACAAAGCGAUGGAACACUUGGAGCUAAGCCCUUCCCUGAAGAGCCUGCGGAUCCUUGUGAGCGCUCCAAAGAGAGCAAAUCUCCUGCAGCCAAACAACAGUAAACAGCAUGAAAUGAGGAUCUCCAGAUCCAUGGGCGAUAUCAUGGGAUCUUUGUACAAAGACUCCGAGAGGACGCGGAAGUAUUCCACAGGCUCUCUGCACACUGGCCGGAGCUCUCCACCCCCGGGCAGCGUUCCUGAAGAGCAGCAGCAGAUCGCCCGCCAGGGAUCCUACACCAGCAUCAACAGCGAGGGCGAGUUCAUCCCCGAGACCAUGGAUCAGAACAUGCUCGAAGCUUUCAUCAGCCCUGACGAGUCGCUGUCCGGGAGCUGCCAGUCGCUGGACAGGCCUGUGGACAGCCCUCCCUUCACUCCUGUUCCUGGAAGGAAGAGCCAUCCCAAAGACAGUCUCGAAUGCAUGGACUUCGACAUCCCGUUCUGUGAGAGGUUUGGGAAAGGUGGGACCUUCCCUCGGCAAUACCACCUCUCCCAAAGUCGCAAGGACUACAGCGAUGGCCGAAGAACUUUCCCCAGGAGUUAUUUCCCGCAGGAGAACCUGUUUCAACUUGUCCCUUCUAGCCGAACCAAGAGCUUUAACGGGGACAGCAAGCUCAGCACCCUGCAGUACGACGAGUACAGACCCAAAUGGUGGAACAAUUGUGAAAAAGGCCUGCAGGUCUUCAGCACCUCCCCUACUAAAGCUAGGAACUCUCUACAGGCACCUGUGAACUGGAGGCUGGGAAAACUGCUUGGAAGAGGAGCUUUUGGGGAAGUUUAUCUCUGCUAUGAUGCUGACACUGGCCGGGAGCUGUCGGUGAAGCAGGUGCCUUUUGACCCAGACAGUCAAGAGACAAGUAAAGAGGUAAAUGCCUUAGAAUGUGAGAUUCAGCUGCUGAAGACUCUCCGGCAUGACAGGAUAGUGCAGUACUAUGGAUGCUUGCGGGACCCUGAGGAGAGGAAGCUGUCUAUUUUUGUCGAAUACAUGCCAGGGGGUUCAAUAAAGGACCAGCUAAAAGCGUAUGGUGCUCUGACCGAGAACGUCACCCGGAAAUACACCAGGCAGAUCCUGCAGGGAGUCUUCUACUUACACAGCAAUAUGAUUGUCCACAGGGACAUUAAAGGUGCCAAUAUUUUGAGAGAUUCUGCUGGAAAUGUGAAACUGGGAGAUUUUGGAGCCAGCAAGCGCAUCCAGACCAUCUGCAUGUCUGGCACUGGGAUUAAAUCUGUCACUGGAACGCCAUACUGGAUGAGCCCAGAGGUUAUCAGUGGAGAAGGCUAUGGAAGGAAAGCUGAUGUGUGGAGCGUGGCCUGUACUGUGGUGGAGAUGUUAACGGAAAAGCCACCAUGGGCAGAGUUUGAAGCCAUGGCAGCUAUUUUUAAAAUUGCGACGCAGCCGACCAACCCCCAGCUCCCCGACGGCGUCUCGAACUCCUGCCGCAACUUUCUCAAGCAGAUCUUUGUGGAGGAGAAGCGGAGGCCCACGGCUGAAGACCUGCUGAGACAUCCCUUUGUCAACUGUGGGCUCUAACUGCCUGGCAGCGGGGAUGGGGAAACGGCGGUGGGAGGGGGUGGCCACCAGAUCCAUGGCCCUUUGCACUCUGCAGAUCAGACCUCAGCCCUGGGCUGUUCCUCGUGGUGGCCCCGCAGGUCCCAUCUUGCCUCGUUUUCAUCUCAAUGGCCACUGUGGUGUUUGAUUUCGAAGCUGCGCUUGGGACCAUCAGAACCUGGAGAUAGUGGCCACCACCAUCUGCCAGAAAUUCAGAACGAGGGAGCUCCCUGACGCCCCAUCUGUGCAGGUGCCAGCCUCAGAUGAAGUAACCUUGCUGUCAGCGGGUGCUGGGAGGUUCCCCAUUUGCCAUGUUACUUAUCCCAUGGGAAAGUGAUGCAAAUGGGAUGCGUCGCCCCCAGCAUGACAGUGAUGUUGACAGCAUCCCCAGGACCAGAGGAGGAGAAAGAUGCUCAGUGGCGACCGCUCAGACUGCUGUCCGAGGAACGGACACAGGCGUCAGCCGUGCUGGAGGAGAUAAUCCUCAGACCAUGGAGUAGGGGAGACGUUCCCCACUGAGAAGGGGAAAGGAACCCUCCUCCUGGAGGUAGCAGGAAGUUGACAAACCAGCCAGUGUCUCCAGGGGGGCUACACUUAAUACUGUUCUGUGCCUUAAGCGGUUACAAUCAAGGAGCGAUGCUUGACUCGGCACAAAGUAUGGAGUUGAGCGCAGUUGUGCAGCUGCCGAGUUGACUUUGCCUCUGUGUGUGUGUGUGUGUGUGUGUGUGUGCGUGUGUGUGUGUAUGUGUGUGUGCAACAGUCGGAGAGAGGGGUUCUUCUCAAGACGCGGGAAGUCUCCGCAGGGUACGCCUGCUGAAGGUUCUUGAGGACCUCUGGUGUGCGGUGGGCAAGGAUGCUUAAAUGAUGUUGAUGCCGGUGCCGCGCAGAGCUGAGCGCAAGCUAAUGCUUCAUCCUUUCCCCAUUGAAGCUAUGAGAGUUUUGGCAGGAGCUCGAGGGGAUCUUUAGGAAGGCAACUGCAUGCUCGUAAUCCUAGCGCUGAUAACCCGAGCCCGGUGCUGCUGCCGUGGGGCUGGAGCUGUGCUGCCGCGCCGUAGGAACGGGGCUGCGGCAGGAGCGUAGCUGGGCCGGGGCCAUGCGCUGGGGACGAGCUCCGUAACCACGAAGCCUCCAAACGGGGCAUCUGAGAUGGCGCCAAGCAGAGAGUCCCUGGAAGCCAGUUGCUUCGUUAAAUUACUGCUCAUUUGGGGCGAAUUAAAUUGCGCUGUCUCACCUCCCACUUCCUCGUCGCAUUAGCCGUUCCUACGCAGCUCGGCGGAGGGUAAACUAGCACUUACCAAACGCAGGUUUAUUUUUCCAUUGAAAAUGAAAAGUGUUGCUUGGGACAAAGGGGAAGCUGAGAGCACAGUUGGCUGUGAUUUUUUUAUUAUUAUUAUUAUUAUUUUUUUUUUGCACAUCCUCGAAUUCUUCCGUGCGGAAGCGUUGGGCCUUCGCGCCCUCAGGGGGGACAGCGGGAGCGUUUCCUUGUCUGGACCUGUGUGGCCCACAGAAUUAAAAGGAAAAAAAAUGCAAAACCUCUGGACGCAGAUUAACUAAGAGUUAUGUCAGUGAAAAGAACAAAUAGUGGUGGUUUUCAGUAGGGGAAGAACUAACACGCUGCUGGAAAUGCAUGAAAAUAUUUCCAGGAAGUUUGUCUGCAAAGCUCGAGGGGCUGGUUGCUGUCGGGGAAGCCGAGAGCGGCUCCGGGGCAGGGCGACACCCCCCGUUUUUGUGCCUGUGGCCCAGAGCAGUGCCAGGUCACCCCGGAGGCCUUCCAGGAGGAAAUACGGACUAUUAAUCCUAUAGAGAGGAGCAAAUCCAUCAGUUCACUCAAUUCUUUGGGGUGGGGGGUAGCUGGGGAGGGUCUCGUCAGAAGAGGGUAGAGGUAUUUUUACGGGAGGGGGGGAUUAAAAAAAAAAAGACAGCUUUUAGGCUGUUUUUCUCCCUUUCAUUGAAUCUGUUUGGGGUUUCUGAGAAGAAAAUAGAAAAUUCCCCUCAGCCUGGCUCCCCUCUGCCCUGUGUGCGUGUGUGUGUGUGUGUGCGCGUGUGUGUGUGCGACUCGCUCCUCAGGUGCCUUUGCCUUAUAUAUAUAUUUUUUUUUAAAAAAAAAAAAAGAAUCUUGCGGUGUCCUGAUGUACAAAAUGAAGUGAGGGGAAGAGAAUGUAAUAUUAUACCAUGUAAA